AUGCCCUUUUCCUUCAAAACUCUCCUAGAAAUGCACCGACUUCUCAAUCUCACAGGGUCGAAUUCGCAAGGAGCCCAAUACAGACGCUUCAAAGAAAUCGUUGCCGAAGUAGAGAGAGAAAGGCCCCAAAAAUGCAGAGAUAAGCAUCUAUACUGGAUAAGUAGAAUCAUCACCAAAUCAUGCACAAACAUGGAAGAAGCCGAAGAAAAAGACAAAAAGGCAGCAGAAGAAUCAGAUAAAAUAUUAGAAAGACUCCUAAGACGAAAUCGAUAUAAAAGCGAACGAGACGAAAAGAAAUAUCGCAUCAGAGAUAAGAAUCUGGAAAAUCCUUAUGCGCCGGGAAGAAGAGAUGAUGAGGAGAGUAUCGUUACUGACAGUGAUUUUGCGGGGAAUUAUAGGGUUAGGAAUGAGCUGGAUGAUGAGCUGGAUGAUGAGCCGCCUGUGGAGAAAAAACCUAGAGUGAGUCUUCGUCAUCGUGAGUAUGUGCGUGCUGGGAGUGUGAGGAGUGAUGAUUCUUAUAGUGAGUGCUCGGACUCGUCGAUGAGUUCUGCGUGUGCACCGUACAGGAAAUAUUAUGGCCAUGGUCAUGGUUAUGCGCAUCAUUCUCGUUCACUUCAUUAUUCGAGUGAUGCUAGUAGUGAUACGGGGAAGUCUCCCAGUGCUUAUAGCGAUCGUCCGCCGCAUUCUGCGGGGUUUCGGUAUGGAUAG